AUGACCAACUAUCCAUCACAGUCAGAUCAGGUCAGGGCUGUUACUUACCGGGCUUAUGAGUUUACGGCAGUGGCACUGCUUGUCGUGCUGUCUGUGGAGCGCCAAAGUGGAGGAGGGCAGUUUGCGCGGGAGCUGGAAACGGGCGCGCCAGCUGAAGUACCCAUAAAAGGGAAGCACGUGGACGGAACGACGCAAGCUGUAUGGGAAAAUAGAUUUCAGACUGAGGAACAGAAGAACUGUACUAUAGAAGGAAUCACUAAUGAUGCACCAGAAGCAGACAAGUGCCAGAGUACAGUGGACCAGUGUGUGGAACAUGCAACGUCACAGGAUCAAAGUGAAGAGAACACAAAAAGACUUCAUAUUGAAAAUCAGCCCUUGAUGGUCAGACCCAAAGAGGAAACUUUAGAAGUACAGCAACUCCGUCAAGAAUUGGAGUGCUGCAGAAGUGAAAAUGAGGUUCUUCGGGCUAAAGUAAAGUCAUUAAGCAGAGCAGUGGUCAAGCCUGAGCCAGAAUACACAUCACUGACAUCCGAGAAUAGAGAGCCAGACCCUAAAAUGCAAACAAUGUAUCAGGAAAUGAAGGCGAAGCUUGAGGUGGACACGACUGAGAAGGCCUUGCAUGGGAACGUUGCCCAACAAGAAGUAGCAACAUGCAGAACCGAGAGUGUGGAACUUGGAGUUGAGGUCCAGUGGCUUCGCACAGAAAUAGAGAAACGUAACAAUGAAAAUGUGUCACUGAGUUCAGAGAUCAAGGAGAUGGCCUCUCAACUGAAGAGGGUUCAACAGAAGGUGGACGAGUACAGGCUGCAAAAUGAAAAACAUGAGGUUGAAAUUGAGUUGCUGCAGCAAGAUCUAAUGCAAUACAGCAAUGAAAAUAAAGCUCUUUGGGCUGAAACGGAGCAAAAGGCCCUAGAUAUUAAGUGGCUGUGCCAAGAAAUAGCCGAACUGGAGAAGGAAAACGCAUCCAUCAGAGAAGAAGCUGGUGGGAUAGCUCUGAAGACGAAGUGGCUCCACAAUGAAAUGACAUACUGCACUCUGGACAAGGAAGAGUCCCCCAAAGAGGAUGAACAAGAUGUGAACCAUGAAGCACUCAAGUUCCCCACCUUACACCAGCUGAAGAAUCAGUCAGAAUUUAUCCCCGUGCUUAAAAAUACAAUUCUGGUUGUAUUCCUGGUGAAGGAGACAGUAGAAAAAGGGAGGUGGGUUAUUUACCUCUAA